UCCGGGCGUUCUGGCAGCACCAGAGUCCUGCAGCAGAGACGGGCUGGGCUGGCACUCACCCACGACCCCCCUUCCCUGCUAUGAUGGUUCGUCAGUAGCAGGUCUUAAGACGCCCCCCCCCCGCCCCCGGGGGGCACGUGGGCAGAGCUAGCAGCAGCCAGGUGCACGGAGCCACAAGAGCUUUAGGGCACUCUGGGGGCAGCUCUGCCUGCUGCCCUCUCUGGUGCCUGUGGAGAUGCCUAACUGACAGGAGAGUUAGUGAGGACAAGAACGCUCGCUCUUGGCCCAGGUCCGCUGUAUCCAUGGCUCUCCUGACCAAUCUGCUGCCCCUGUGCUGCUUGGCACUUCUGGCGCUGCCAGCCCAGAGCUGCGGGCCGGGCCGGGGACCGGUUGGCCGGCGCCGCUAUGCGCGCAAGCAGCUCGUGCCGCUACUCUACAAGCAAUUUGUGCCCGGCGUGCCCGAGCGGACCCUGGGCGCCAGUGGGCCUGCCGAGGGGAGGGUGGUAAGGGGCUCCGAGCGCUUCCGCGACCUCGUGCCCAACUACAACCCCGACAUCAUCUUCAAGGAUGAGGAGAACAGUGGUGCCGACCGCCUGAUGACCGAGCGUUGUAAGGAACGGGUGAACGCGUUGGCCAUUGCGGUGAUGAACAUGUGGCCCGGAGUGCGCCUACGAGUGACUGAGGGCUGGGACGAGGACGGCCACCACGCUCAGGAUUCACUCCACUACGAAGGCCGUGCUUUGGACAUCACCACGUCUGACCGCGACCGUAACAAGUAUGGGUUGCUGGCGCGCCUCGCAGUGGAAGCCGGCUUCGACUGGGUCUACUAUGAGUCCCGCAACCACGUCCACGUGUCGGUCAAAGCUGAUAAUUCACUGGCGGUCCGGGCGGGCGGCUGCUUUCCGGGAAAUGCAACUGUGCGCCUGUGGAGCGGCGAGCGGAAGGGGCUGCGGGAACUGCACCGCGGAGACUGGGUUUUGGCUGCCGAUGCGUCAGGCCGGGUGGUGCCCACGCCGGUGCUGCUCUUCCUGGACCGGGACUUGCAGCGCCGGGCUUCAUUUGUGGCUGUGGAGACCGAGCGGCCCCCACGCAAACUGUUGCUCACACCCUGGCACCUGGUGUUUGCGGCUAGAGGGCCGGCGCCCUCGCCAGGCGACUUUGCACCGGUGUUCGCGCGCCGGCUACGCGCUGGGGAUUCGGUGCUGGCGCCCGGCGGGGACGCGCUUCGGCCAACGCGCGUGGCCCGUGUGGCGCGGGAGGAAGCCGUGGGCGUGUUCGCGCCGCUCACAGCGCACGGGACGCUGCUGGUGAACGAUGUCCUGGCCUCUUGCUACGCGGUUCUGGAGAGUCAUCAGUGGGCGCACCGCGCUUUUGCCCCCUUGCGACUGCUGCACGCGCUAGGGGCGCUGCUCCCUGGCGGGGCCGUCCAGCCGACUGGCAUGCAUUGGUACUCUCGGCUCCUCUACCGCUUGGCAGAGGAGCUGCUGGGCUGA